UCUCCUUGCCCGGAUAUGGUGGACCCCCUGAAAAUCUUUUGGGUACUCACAAACAGCACUUAUCUGGUGACAAAAUUCAUCCGUAUCGGCAUCGCGGACAAGAAUGACAACCCUCCGUACUUUGACAAGGAGCUGUAUGAGGCGGAGGUCGACGAGAAUGAGGACAUCCAACACACCGUCCUCACCGUCACCGCCAAAGAUCACGACGAAUCGUCGCGUAUUCGAUACGAGAUCACGAGCGGGAACAUAGGCGGCGCGUUCGCCGUCAAGAACAUGACUGGCGCCAUCUACGUGGCCGGCGCGCUCGACUACGAAACUAGGAAACGGUACGAGCUGAAGUUGGCCGCGUCGGAUAACCUGAAGGAGAACUACACCACGGUCGUUAUCCACGUCAAAGAUGUCAACGACAACCCGCCUGUGUUCGAGAGGCCCACCUACCGCACUCAGAUCACCGAGGAAGACGACAGAAACCUACCCAAACGAGUUCUACAGGUGACGGCCACCGAUGGGGACAAGGAUAGACAGCAAAAUAUUGUAUAUUUCCUAACUGGACAAGGCAUCGAUCCCGAUAAUCCUUCAAACAGCAAAUUUGACAUCAAUCGUACCACAGGAGAGAUUUUCGUUUUGAAGCCUUUAGAUCGCGAUCAGCCAAAUGGACGACCGCAAUGGAGGUUCACAGUUUUUGCCCAAGAUGAAGGAGGUGAAGGGCUUGUCGGAUACGCUGAUGUCCAAGUCAAUCUCAAAGAUAUUAACGAUAAUGCGCCCAUUUUCCCACAAGGGGUUUAUUUCGGUAAUGUCACAGAAAACGGCACCGCCGGCAUGGUUGUUAUGACAAUGACCGCCAUAGAUUACGAUGACCCAGCUGAAAGUAAUAACGCGAAGCUUUGGUACUCAAUUGAGAAAAAUGUCAUAGAAGAAGAAACUGGAUCACCCAUUUUUGAAAUUGAACCUGAAACUGGUGUUAUUAAAACUGCAGUGUGCUGCUUGGAUCGUGAACGAACGCCUGAUUAUUCUAUACAAAUAGUAGCAUCGGAUGGAGGGGGGUUAAAAGGAACGGGGACAGCAUCUAUACGAGUUAAAGAUAUAAACGAUAUGCCGCCACAGUUCACAAAAGAUGAAUGGUUCACUGAAGUCGAUGAGACUGACGGAACGAAUUUGCCUGAAAUGCCGAUUCUUACAGUGACUGUUCACGAUGAGGACGAAACCAACAAGUUCCAAUACAAAGUGAUCGAAAACAGUGGGUAUGGUGCUGAUAAGUUUACUAUGGUUCGAAAUAAUGACGGUACUGGUUCACUUAAGAUUGUGCAACCACUUGAUUAUGAAGACCAAUUACAAAGUAAUGGUUUCAGAUUUAGAAUACAAGUUAAUGAUAAGGGUGAAGAUAAUGACAACGAUAAAUAUCAUGUAGCUUAUUCUUGGGUUGUAGUUAAACUUAGAGAUAUAAAUGACAAUAAACCACAAUUUGAAAGAGCUAACAUAGAAGUAUCUGUAUAUGAAAAUGCAGAAGUAGGUAAAAGUUUAGAGACGUUCAAGGCAACUGACCCAGAUCAGGGUGGUAAGAGUAAAGUAUCUUACGCAAUUGACCGAUCGUCAGAUCGUAAGCGUCAAUUCUCAAUAAAUCAAGAAGGCACUGUCAGUAUACAACGUUCUCUAGAUAGAGAAGAUACCCCGCGUCAUCAGGUGAAAAUCUUAGCUAUUGAUGACGGUGUACCACCGCGGACUGCAACAGCUACUCUGACUGUAAUUGUUCAAGAUAUCAAUGAUAAUGCUCCUACGUUCUUAAAAGACUAUAGGCCUGUUUUAACGGAGCACAUUACACCUAAGAAGGUAGCCGAAAUAUUGGCCACUGAUGAUGACGACAGGUCAAAGAGCAAUGGCCCGCCUUUCCAAUUCCGAUUAGAUCCGGGGGCGGAUGACAUCAUUAGAGCUUCAUUUAAGGUAGAACAAGACCAAAAAGGCGCCAAUGGAGAUGGUAUGGCCAUUGUGUCAUCUUUAAGAUCAUUCGAUCGUGAACAACAAAAAGAGUAUUUGAUUCCCAUUAUCAUCAAGGAUCAUGGAAAUCCCGCGAUGACUGGAACAAGCACACUGACUGUAGUCAUCGGCGACGUUAAUGAUAAUAAAAUGCAGCCAGGGUCGAAGGAAAUACUUGUCUACAACUAUCAAGGGCAAGCGCCUGAUACAGAAAUUGGACGAGUGUACGUAUACGAUCUGGAUGAUUGGGAUCUACCUGAUAAGAAAUUCUUCUGGGAGAGUACAGAACAUCCGAACUUUACUUUGAACGAAGAAACAGGUAUGAUACAAAUGAAACACAAAACUAGAGAAGGUCGAUACCACUUAAAAUUCAAAGUUUAUGAUAGAAAACAUACACAAACAGAUGUACCGGCUAAUGUUACGGUAUACGUCAAAGAAAUAUCGCACGAGGCUCUAAUAAACUCAGGAUCAAUACGAAUAUCAGGUAUAUCUGAUGAAGAUUUCAUUAGAGUGUGGAAUUAUAAGAUUCUUAGUGUAUCAAGAAGUAAAUUGGAUAUAUUCAAAGAUAAAUUAGCUGACCUGCUCAACACAGAACGUGAAAAUAUUGAUAUUUUCAGUGUGCAAUUGAGGAAGAAACAUCCUCCGGUAACUGACAUUCGGUUUUCGGCGCACGGGGCCCACUAUUAUAAACCGAUAAGAUUAAAUGGUAUUGUGCUCAUGCACAGAGAGGAAAUUGAAAGGGCUGUGGGUAUUAAUAUUACGAUGGUUGGAAUAGACGAAUGCUUGUAUGAAAAUCAAAUGUGCGAAGGUUCGUGUACUAAUGUCCUCGAUAUAAGCAACUUACCUUACAUGGUUAACGCGAACAAAACUGCGUUAGUUGGCGUCAGAGUGGAUGUAAUUGCUGAGUGUACAUGUGGAGCCAGGAAUUUCACCCAAGCCGAAACGUGUCGCAACUCACCAUGUUACAAUGGUGGAAGGUGUAUUGAAGGAAAAUACGGCCUAACAUGCUCGUGUCCACCUGGCUAUACUGGACCAAGGUGCCAACAAACAUCUAGAAGCUUCCGUGGCACCGGAUGGGCAUGGUAUCCUGCUUUGGAAAUGUGUGACAGUUCCCAUCUAAGUUUUGAAUUCAUAACUAGGAAAUCGGAAGGUGUUCUACUUUAUAAUGGACCUAUCGUUCCACCUGAACCAGAAGAAAUUAUGGUCUCUGAUUUCAUAUCGGUAGAACUGGAAAGAGGAAACCCUAGACUUUUAAUUGACUUUGGAUCUGGUACAUUAGAGCUUCGAGUAAAGACCAAGAAAUCCUUAGACGAUGGUGAAUGGCAUAGGAUAGACAUUUUCUGGGAUACUGAAAAUGUACGGAUGAUAGUUGAUUACUGUAAAUCUGCUGAUAUACAAGAGAUGGAAGAUGGAACACCACCAGAAUUUGACGAUUCUACUUGCCAAGCUACUGGUACUAUACCACCCUUCAACGAAUAUUUGAAUGUCAAUGCGCCUUUGCAAAUUGGUGGUUUAUACAUAGAGCACUUCGAUCCAACUCAUUAUCACUGGCAGUACAUGCCCAUUGGAAAAGGGUUUGAUGGUUGUAUACGAAACCUCAUCCAUAACAGCAAAUUAUAUGACUUAGCUCAUCCAGGCCUGUCCAGAAACUCAGUGGCCGGGUGUCCCCAAACUGAAGAAAUUUGCAACCAAGCAGAUACUACAUCCAGAUGUUGGGAACAUGGAACGUGUGUUGGAAGCUUCUCUGAGGCUCGAUGCCAGUGCCAACCGGGGUGGACUGGACCAUCCUGCAAUUUGCCAACAACUCCUACAAGCUUUAGACCUCAGAGCUACGUAAAGUUUGCUUUAAGUUUUGAACCAGACCGAUUCAGCACUCAAAUCCAACUCAGAUUCAGAACUCGUGAACCACAUGGUGAACUGUUCAGAGUAAGCGAUCAACACAAUCGAGAAUAUGGCAUCUUAGAAGUAAAGGAUGCGCGACUGCAUUUCCGUUACAAUUUGAACUCGCUUCGUACCGAAGAGCGUGACGUUUGGCUAAAUUCAGUCGCUGUAGAUGAUGGUCAGUGGCAUAUAGCACGCGUCAGCCGAUACGGGAGUGCAGCUACUUUAGAAAUCGAUGGCGGAGAAGGAAGGAGAUACAAUGAAACAUUUACUUUCGAGGGUCAUCAAUGGUUAUUAGUUGACAAGCAGGAAGGCGUAUACGCCGGUGGAAAGGCCGAAUAUACUGGCGUUAGAACGUUCGAAGUCUAUGCAGACUUUCAAAAGGGAUGCUUAGAUGACAUUAGGUUAGAAGGCAAGCACUUACCUUUACCUCCUGCUAUGAAUGGGACGCAAUGGGGUCAGGCAACAAUGGCAAGAAACCUGGACCGUAAUUGCCCGUCAAAUAGCCCCUGCAUAAACGUCCACUGUACUGAGCCGUUCGUCUGUGUAGACCUCUGGAAUGAAUACGAAUGCACGUGUCCUGGGGGCUCGGUCCGCGCCGGCGGGACUUGCGUCAACGUGAACGAGUGCUUGGAGAAUCCUUGCCUGAACGGAGGCUCGUGCGUGGACCGCGAGCCGGCGCGCCGCUACGACUGCGUGUGCGCAUUUGGCUACACCGGCCAUGACUGCGAGCUGGAACUACUGGCCUCCGGAAUCAUCACGCCCUCCAGAGAUUUCAUUAUAGCUAUCAUUGUCUGUUUAUUUUUGCUUUUAGUUCUGGUGCUGGUAUUCGUGGUAUACAACCGUCGGCGAGAAGCUCACAUCAAAUACCCAGGCCCGGACGAUGACGUCAGAGAGAACAUCAUUAACUAUGAUGACGAGGGCGGCGGCGAGGAUGACAUGACGGCCUUUGACAUCACCCCGCUCCAGAUACCCAUCGGUGGACCCUUGCCUGAUCAUGCACCAACGAAACUGCCAUAUCCAUUAAUGAGCGUUGGCCUCGGCGUGGGUCCUAUGGGCGUGGGCGUGGGCGUGGCCCCAGGCGUGGGGGUGCCUCUGCCAGGGGAGACCAACGUGGGCAUGUUCAUCGAGGAGCACAAGCGACGCGCCGACAGUGAUCCCAAUGCCCCGCCGUUUGACGACCUGCGCAACUACGCGUAUGAGGGCGGCGGCAGUACCGCUGGGUCUCUGUCGUCUCUUGCAUCUGGUACUGACGACGAGGUGCACGACUACGACUACCUGGGCGCGUGGGGCCCGCGCUUCGACAAGCUGGCCGACCUGUACGGGCCCGACAUGGACGAGCAGCUGUAGGCCCCGCGCCCUGCCCCGCGCCGCCGCGCACAUUUAGUCAAUUGUCUCCCACUAUCGUUCCCACUAAACCGCCAUAAAGCUGCUAUCUCGGGAGCCACACUCCUUCCUCGACUCCCAUUUACCGCGGACUUUCAUUUUGUAAAUAAACCAGCGAGCCCAACUCAACUACGGCCGCGACUUGUAACUCUUAUCAAUUUUAUACGACUUUAUUUGUAGUAGAAUGUUUAGCUUAAGUACUCGUUUAAGGUAACUAUUUAAUUGCGUCGUUUUUAUAAAGUUUAAACGUAUAUCUUCACCAAAUAUUUGAUAUAAGUUAUUAUUCGAUUUAGCCAUAUUAUGAGUCAGUAUUUUAUUGGAAGUUACUGAGUUAAGCGGAUUUCUGCUGGAGGGCCAGUCGUGAAUCUGAUCGUGGGUGUUUGUAGAUAGUGUGCUAUAAAUGUGAAUAAUUUAUACGAGUAUUUUGUAAGUCCACAGCUUUACGUGAUAUCACUUAACAUAUGGCCCUUAAGCAUUAAAUCAAUAUUAAUCUAGGUUAAGAGAAUAUGGUUAUAUUUUAUAAUAACAAUAAAAAUAGAUAAAGCGGUCCAUUCGGACAUCGAGUUUAUAGUGCUCAUUUGAAAUGUGACAGGGGGAUGUAAAUACAAUAAUAACUGACACUAACCCCUGUCUUUAGCUAAAUAUGAACCUAUUGAAAUAAUUCAACUCUAAAUUGUAAGUGAACUGUACAGUAACUGGUGUUCCUCUCCUAAUGUCUCCGUGUAGUGUUAGAUAUAGAUUACCUGGAAAUGACUAAUCUACGGUAGAUAAUUAUAAAGUCAUGGGUCGUGGAAAGUUUUCAGUUGGACUGAAUGUGUAUGGAUGUAAGUUAUGUUCGUGUGAGUACUGACGACAGCGAGGGUGACGCGUGUCAGGGAAGAUUGAAUGGGCGAGAGAAAUAGACGGCACUGCAGCUUCAGAGCGUUGUUACUUAUAAAAAUCUCAAAUCGAUCAACAUAAGUUUAUUAUAAUUUAAUACUCUGAUAAAUUUGACUUGUUUGGAAUUUGAUCUCAUCAAACGCGUUUAUAGUUAUAAGAAAAUGCACCUUUAUCGAGACUUAAAUUAAUUUUACAUCGCGACACGGUCCUGUGUCCCACUCAGGAAAGAAUCUCAUGAACAAGCUGCGCGAGCGCCGGUGUCGGUAUGAAUGGGACUGUGCCAAUUUAAAGCAUUAUCGAUGCAGCUAUGUCGGUAGUCUUAAGUGUUUGCACUUUAUUUAUUCGUAUGUUUACAUAUAAAUUUAGUCGCACCUAGGAAAAUAUCAAUAUCUUAAUAAGAGUGUUGUGCUAGAGUAUUACCCUAUCGAUUUUGACGUGAGAUAGUUGUUCGAAACCGUUAGAAGUCACUAAUUUAUAGAUUAAUUUUUAAGAAUUUAUAUUUAAAUAAUUUAAUAAAAUAAAAGUGGUUCUAGCAACUGUGUCACAUCGACAUCGAAUUACGAUCAGUGUACAUUAUAGAAUAUACUGAAUUGCGUUAAAAUGACUGAUUUUAUUAUGCGUUUGAAAGCCUAAGAUUUAGUAAAUUCGGUUGUUUAAUUAUAGACUUUGAAUACCUUACUGUAAGGUCACCCUCUAGUUUGCACUGGACAAAUAUAUAAGCAUUAAGAUACAUCCAUAUUAAAGCAAUUCUCGUUAAUUACUAUUCGUAAGUAGGCAUUGAUACUAGUUAGACUGAGGAAGAACAUCACGUUUUCAUUAUUUUAUGUUAAUUAAUAUCAUUACACUGCCAAUAUCGUACAUAUAUUUUAGACAACUACUAUAGUGAUUUCAGUCCGAUUUUGUAUUUCAGUCUUAUACAACACAUUUAUAUUGUAAGUUUUGGACUAUUUUAUAAAUGACAUUUUCCCUUGGAAGUGCUAUGCGGCACACUAUGCUCGGUUCGUUCUGUCUUAAAGCUCUGCAGUGUCUAAGCGUGUGUCUAGAGUUAAUUCCGUCGGUGCUGCAGCAUAAAAAUCGCAACAUACAUGACGCUUCUACGUAAAGGGAUUCCUGUGCGAAAAUUUCAUGUAAUAAACCGGUUUGCGAGGACGAAGAUGGUAAAAAUAUAAUUUCGUCGUGUACAAUUUUAUGCCGCAGCGCCGCGGAGGUCCAGACGCGUUUUUUUACAAACUCCCAAAAGCCUCCUUUAUCGUAAGUCGCCGUCGUGUUUGUUCAUUUAUUUACACCGCGUUAUAAAUGGUCACAAGGGAAAAAAGCGAUACCCGCGAGUUAUUCUCGUGAUUAACGCGAGCAACAGCUGUGGCGGCGGCUCCUGACUUUAUAUUCCAGUGAUAACUUCGGACGGUUGCCAGUUGAUUUUUAACCAUUAGCAUAUGCAAAGUCAAACCCUUAUUAUAGAUAAAACAAUGACAUAACAAUAAGAUAUUAUAUUAAGACCUAGACUCGCAGCUGCGUAAUAGAGCAGGGCGUGAAAAUUGCCAGAGAUAUGACAGUUAGACAUUUGGGAGUAUAAUUAUACUACUAGCAUGUAAGAAUGCUGUUAAUCUCUAUCCAUAUUAAGCCCUUAUAGUUAUGAUAUUUCUCUAGGCAACCGAGGUUGUUAAGCAGCGUCAAAUCAAAUGUAAUUUUCCGAACGCAUUUCUGUAUUUUCCAAUUGCAUUCACGCGUCGUAAAGUGCUUCUACGCACGUUUGCAAAGCAGAGGCAAUACUCCGCGGAACUAUUUCGAUAUAUUCGACUCGAUCACACCAAAAGGAAUGCAGGCAUGCGUGAGAGAGACGGAUAAGAUCGAAAUUGUUCGCAAACAAAACCCGCAGAGCACACAAC